AGCGCCCAGAGUGCUCCCACAGCUCGUAUGACCCCCCACCGCCCAUAACUCAAAGCGCCGCCACGGCGGUCCCGACAGUUUCGGCUGCAGUUCCGCGCUUCGCUCACGCGGUGGCAGCAGAGACGGAGAAAAGAGCGGCACGGAGCCUGGGGACCGCCACUGGGACCGGGGUGAGCCCGGGGGGACGGGGCGGGGCUUGGCUCUUCUCGAGGAAACGCCUUCGUUCCAAGGGCGUUCCGACUCGUCUGCCCUUGAGCUCUGCGAAAGCGGGUGGCGUUUGCCGUUCCUGAGCGCACAAGAGCUUCCACCGAAGGCGAUGAUGCCCGGAAGGCAGCAGUCCUACCGUUCUCCCAUCACCGAUGGUUCUCGCUAAGCCACGUCCCUCAACACAGCAUCCAAACGCUCUUUGAACACCUCCAGGGUCGGUGACUCCACCACCUCUCUGGGCAGCCCAUUGCAGUGCCUGACCACCCUUUCAGACAAGUAGUAUUUCCUAACGUCCAGCCUGAACCUUCCGUGGUGCAGCUUGAAGCCAUUCCCUCUCGUCCUAUCACUGUCACACGAGAGAAGAGGCUGACCCCCAGCUCACCACAGCCUCCCUUCGGGUAGUUAUAGAGAAUAAGGUCUCCCCUGAGCCUCCUCUUCUCUAGACUGAACAAUCCCAGCUCCUUCAAUUACAAUUCAUAAGGCCUGUGCUCCAGAGCCCUCACCAGCUUUGUUGCCCUCCUCUGGACGCGCUCCAGGGCCUCGAUGUCUUUCUUACCGUGAGGGGCCCAAAACUGGACAGGUACGGAUGUCACCAUGCCAGCCUGGGUUUGGUGAGGCCUGGAGUAUGAUCAAAAUUUUGGGAACGCAGUGACAGGGGCAGACACCUCUCGGAGUGUGAUUCCCAACCUCCUGUCUUAAUGCAAAUCUCAAGAACACGAGCCAUGUCACCAAACCACUGCUCACAGCUGUUUGCUGAACCUGACACAUUCUACUCCCCAGUCCUGCAGAUCCAUCACUUAUGGAGAAGGACAGAUGCAAGGGUGCGUUUGGGACUGCCUUCAUGCUCCCCGAUGUGCCCCAGAGAGCAAGGCAGGGAAGGCCACAAGACCACGAUGCCAAAGCAGACAGAAGACCUUCAGAAAUCUGGGUAGAGACUGAGGUGAGGAGAACCAGGCAGUGUUCUGCCUUGAGGAUCUCUCCUUGCACAAAGUCUUGGUGGAGGUGGGAUAUGUGAGAUGGCUUAAUCUUCCAUGACAAGAGCUGACAAGAAGCAGAGAUAAGAAUCAUUCAGUCCUACCACAGGCAGGAUGCCUCCUACCAAGCAGGAGCAACCAACCGCUCACCCUUAUGCAGUACCAGGGCUGCAUUUUGUGGAGAAGCACUGAGAGCAACGGAUCCAGAAGUGCCAUCAUCUACACAAAAGGCUCUGUUUUAAUUCCGAAGAACAAGGAGCUUAAUGGCGCUUUGGAAAUCUAGCACACCCGAAAGAGAGGCACUGUAACUAAAGCAUGGAUGUUUGCAAUAUGAUCUCUUUUCACAGUUUCUAAAUGGGUGCUUGGUUUCAUUUUUGCCGGGCAUGCCCCCUAUACAGCUGGAAAAUACUAGUUUCAGGACAGUCUCAAUGAAAUCUCCUUUCCAUACUGAAGGGUAAUGUUUUCUUAACAAUGCAAUUAGCCCUUAGUAAGCCUAAAGGUCACUUACAGGGAACUUUGUCACCUGAUUGCUCUGACAGUGGGAGAGCGGGGCCAAAGCCUGGACUUAGUGGGCAGCGAAGACAGGCAUCUGGGAUCCCUUUCAAGGGAAGGGGGCAUUGACAAAGCCCUUGGAAAUGAAAUAGGAGCCUUCACCUUACGGAGGUGACUCUGUGCAGUGGAGAAAGGAGGGAACCGGGUCUUCUGGAGGUGAUGCGUAAUACGGAAAGAAGAGGGGAGAUACAGGUUGGGUGUUGGGAGGCAAGUGUUGAUUCUGUUGAGGGUGGGGACGCACUGGAACAGGUUGCCCCGGGACGCCGCCAUGUUGCUUGGGGGCCUGGGACCCACUCCGCCCUGGAGGGGGUAGGCGUGAUGUCACAGUGGGUGGCGGGGAGCAGGCAUUGUGACGCGCGGGGCUGGGAGCAGAGCAAAGGCUGCCGGGCUCAGAGCGUGUGUCAGUGCGGCCUGGCGAGGUGCAGAGAGAGCAGGGACUCUCCAAGUGCUCACCGCCGAUGCGCAACAUGUCCAGUAGGAAGCGGAAGUCCCCCGACUCCGGGGAGCAAGCGUGCGUGCUGUGUCGCCGCGCGGAUGUCAACCCGGACAUCUGCGGGCGCACCUUUGCCGAGAGUGACCUCUGUGUGCAUGAGUUCUGCUUGCUUUUUGCCAACAUCCGCUUUGAGGAAAGCGCCCCCUGGGAGGAAACUGUGGGCCUCCCGGUUGGUACCAUCAGGUGCAGAAUCAAGCAGGCAGACCAGAAGCAAUGCUUUGUUUGUGGCGAGAGAGGAGCCGCCAUCAGCUGCGCAGAGAGAGGCUGUGCACGCAGCUUCCACCUGCCCUGCGCCGUGGACGGCGAAUGUGUCACCCAGUUCUUUGGGCAGCACAGGUCCUUCUGCCGCGAGCACCGCCCGCGACAGGCAGUGGAGGCAGCUCCAUCCCAAGGCACCGACUGCGUCAUCUGCCUGGAGCCCAUGGGGGACAGCACGUCCUACCAGACCCUGAGGUGCCCAGCGUGCAAGCACACCUGGUUCCACCGCAGCUGCGUCCAGGGGCAGGCCAUGAACGCCGGCACUAUGUGCUUCCAGUGCCCCAUUUGUCAAGACACGGAGCAGUUCCGUGCAGAAAUGUCCACUCUGGGGAUCCAAAUCCCAGUCAGGAGACCGUCUUGGUGGGAUGACAGGACCUACCCAUCGCUUCUACGGAGGCACGGGCGCUGCGAUGUCAGCACGUGCCUUUACCCAGGAGGCAGGGAGCAGGAAGAGGCGGAUGGGCCCUGGCAGCUGCUCCUCUGCAGCUCCUGUGCUGCAGAAGGGACCCACCGACGGUGCUCCUACCUGAGCAACAGAGUUAACAGCUGGGAGUGUAACAGCUGUGCUGGCGUGGGCACCGCCUCCAGCAGCAACACGGAGCGCGCCGGCCCCAGUACUUCCAGCCAAGGGGCUCUGGAGCCUCCCCGUGGCUCCCAGGGACUGGAGAACAUCAGCUCCGGCCCCAGCAGCCAGGCAGCAUCGGGCCUACCGCAGAGAUCCCAGCUGCCUGAGAACAGCCACCUGCCCAGUGAGCCUGGGACACGGCAGAGGACAGUCCGCCCACGCCUCCCUGCGGAUCACGAGGCAUCUCGACACCGCGGGAGCGGCCGUACAACAGCCCCACGCACCAGCAGCGGCUCCCGCAGGUCCACCCAACAGAGGGCAUCGCGGCCCUCCGCAGAUUCCCCGGUGGCUGCGCCCAGGAGGGGUCCCAGGCAGCAGGGGACGGGCCGGGUACGAAGCCGCUCCCCGCUACAAGAUCGGGCCUCGCGUUCCCAGAGCCGGCCCAGAAGAAGCCGUGGCAGCAGACAAACGCCACGCCAAGCUGCACGGAGCAGCACACUCUGCUCGGCCACCCCAGUGACAUCGAGGCCCUCGAGGGGUUCCCCGCAGCCGGGACACAGAAGAGCCUCCAGGCAGCAAGGGAGGGCCCACACAUGAAGCCCUUCCACAGCGGGACGUCAGGCUGCGACUUCCCACAGAGACCCGAGCACACCGCGGCAGCCGGUCCCAACAGCGGCGGCCAGCCUGGGCACAAAGCUGCUCCCAGGUCGGUCCAUCAGCAGAACCAUAAUCUCCACAGCCCGACCCUCAGUGUGCAUAGGAACAGCCGUGUGCCAAUGACACCUGCUCAACUUGGUCAACAUCAGCCAAGACAAUAAAUCCCACACUCAUUUACACCA